AUGGAUCCUCGUACUAUCUUGGACGCCACUGCCUCUUCCUUUACGAAUUCGGACGAAGAGCAAAAAGCCGGCUUGCUUAGCGCUGGCGCCAUGACGGGGCGCGGCGGGCGCUGUGGCAAGGGCGCGAAGAAAGGGCGGCGGUCGCAGCGGAGCGCGGCGGCGGAGGCGAAGCUGCACUGCGACGAGGCGCUGGGCCACGUCAAGGCCGGCAACUACGCCAAGGCCCUGCGCUGCUACCACUCGGCGCUGGAGCUGAGCCCGCGCGACCGCAACGCGCUGGUGGCGCGCGCGCGCUGCUACCUGCUGCUGGGGCAGCCGCAGCUGGCGCUGCAGGACGCGGAGACGGCGCUGCGCCCCGACAAGACCUUCAUCAAGGCCAUCUUCCAGAAGGCGGAGGCGCUGUACCACCUGGGCGACUUCGAGCACAGCCUGGUGUUCUACCACCGCGGGCUGCGCCUGCGCCCCGAGCUCGAGGGCUUCCGGCUGGGCGCGCAGAAGGCGCAGGAGGCCAUCGAGAACACCAUCGGAGGCAAGACGUUCCCGGGUCUGCCGGCUGAGCACUAUCUGCUGCCCCUGGGGGAGCGCGCGGGGGCGCAGAGCGCAGCCAGCUCGACCGCCCCCGCCCCCGCCCCGGCGCUGCCCAGCCCCGGGGGCUCGUCCUCGGCGGCGGGCACUGGCACUGGCACUGGGGCGGGGGCGGGGCCGGGGACGGCGGGCGGCAGCGCGUCCAGCGGCGCGCGCACGCUGUCGGAGGCGGCGCGCGAGCGGCGGCAGGCGCGCCACCUGCUGGGGGAGCUGUGCGUCGACAAGGACUACUUGGAGCAGCUGCUGCGACACCCAGACAUCAAGUGCCUGCACCAGGAGAAGGCCGACCACAUCGCGGCGCACGCGCGGGACGGCGUGGCGUUCCUCGCCAGCCGCCAGGAGUUCUGGCGCCAGCAGAAGUCCAGCGCUCCCAGCGGCUCAGCCAAGGGCGCGCGGCAACAGCGCAACGGCGCGCGAUGACGCUGCCCGCAACUCUGGCCUGCUCGACGCGGACGUUGGUGCGAACACUGCGGGUAGAAAAUUUAGUCGGCCCGAGGUCAGCGGUCGCGCUCCGUGGCCGCGACAGCAUUUCUCCUCCCGAAACCGCGGCGACCCUUUGCAACCAGCUACAAUAUUCUACAGAGAGUGGCUGAAGUACCUCCAGUUUUGCGGUGAAUUGAAGCCAUGUUUUUUGCAGUCAAAGCAGCGCUCUCCGGAGAAACAGAGUAUUGUAUAAUUUCGUUUGGCGCUGGUUAAGGCCGGGUGGGCGUGUGCCGCGCGUUAUGUAAAACCUCAUAUUACAUGAUCUCACGACCAAAAACCAUCGUUUAAAAACGGAAUCAUAAUAUGUAAGGAUAGAGAACUGAGAAACGUUAAAAAACACGUUGCGUCUUUCAUAGGUAACUUCAUAACAAUGGAAGCUGUUGAAAUGUUGGUGUAGUUAGUACAACAUCUGAAAGUGAAUGUUAUUCCAAUAAGAAGCCAAGCAAACAGAUCACAAAUACGGAGGAAAAGUUUUUAAAAAAAUGAUAUAUUUGUGGUUUGAUGGCUUCCAUUUUUAUAUAUGCCGAACAUAGUGAAGGCAGGUGAAUAUUAUUAUUCUAACCUCUAAUAUAGUUGAAAUACAGAUAUAAGAAAACAUAACGAUAUAGAAAUAAGAUCUGACACAAACGACAUGUUCAUUCACUACAACAGUUCUAUACGCCGCCAUCAGGCACCUCUCAUGUUCUGACUGCAAGAAUCAUGGCGGCCGCUAGUUCGUCGAGCGUCCACUAAGAGCGCUGAAACCAUAGGUCCAGCCACUCUAUGUACUCGUAGUGUAUUAUUCUACCUCUUUGACCUUUUGCGAUUUAGUGCUCAAGCGCCAUCUUUGCACGCCGCGCGCCCCCACGAGAAGGCAGUUGAGGCCUUCCGCCUCCGGUUCUCGGAGAUCGGACGAUUUCCAUCGUUGCACAGAAAACUGGAUACGGCGGACGAUGCGAGUGGCGAGUAAGUGAUGAGGCCCAGAGGUGUGUCUACGGUAUGGCAACCAUGGCACGUGCCAUGGGCGUCACUCACAGGGGGCGCUAUUUAUAGCAUACUACCUAAAACACCUCUAAUUCGAAGUAUCCUGACAGGGACGCAGAUUCUAUGCUUUCUUUGGACGCCUGAAUAUCUAGAUUGCGCCUCUGAUAAGACUGUCUUAAAGAUGACGUUAAAGCCGCCCUAAUUUUCUACCAGUACUAUUUAAGAGAAAAGCACCAUAGUUGUACGGAAUAGAAAACGACCAUGGUUCUUGAAGCGCAGGGAAGCUCAGUUCUCAACGUAAUAUCCGGACGUGGAGAAGUUCUCUUCUGAAGGGGCUAUGAAACAAACCUCUUGAUUGGACCUGUGAUCGUGACACGACUGUCAUGAACCGGAACAAGUGGCGACAUCGCGUUGAACGGCGGAUAGGGAAGCUGCGAGGCGCCAGCCUUUGCGAAUGGAAGGGCUGAAGAUGCCACUCAAACGUUAAGUGUAAGAAAAGUGGAUUUUUCCUAUGCGGCUCGGUUAUAGCGUAAUAUCGUCGUAAAGACUAAGAACUCUUCCGGCUCUAGCGAGAGCGCUGUAUACCACUUUGAAGUUACUUCGCAUUAGCGUUAAACAGACCUUAUAACUAACCAUACCUCGGAAUUUUAAGGAGAAAAGUAACGUUGUAGGCUCUUACAAUAGGUUUCGAAACGAUUAAGCCAAGCAUUUAACAAACAUUAGACAUGAUAAGCUAUUUUUCUGACAUCUACAAUUGAUGACAAUAGGAUUAAAUUAAGCACUUUCUAUUAUUUAGAAUCAAAUAUUUUCACAUUUGUAAGUGACAAGCAUAUUAUUUUGUUCUCUUUCAUUUAUUUUUAUUAAUUCAUAUGCUCGUUUCAUCCUCAACCUGUCAACGGCGUAGCUGCAAGCGUGCAAUUGUCUUGAUGCUUAUCGGAGACGAGGGUAAAACAUCCUUUUCGUAUUGACUAAUGGAGCUCGUUACGUUCGGUCUGCUGGGUGAAAAAUUUCGGGGCUUAUUCGAUGGCCUAUUUUAUCAGGGAGUAUUCAGGAGUUUUCGGUAAAGUCGGGAGAGUAUUUGCGUUUCCGUGUAACAAAUUUUUUAAAAAUUAGUUAUCCUGUGAUAAUGCUUCAAAACUACUUGUUUUAGACAGGCGUAGACAAUAAAAUAUGAAAAAUAUCAUCAACCGUCCUUUUUAGGUCAUUUUAAGCACUAUUAGAUACAUUCGGUAGAUCUAUUUUUUAAUGAUUCGUAAGCUUCAGCAAUUAUUUUCCACAACAUCCUAAAGGAACUAAAUAGGCAUUUCUUAAAAUCCGAGGUCUACUUAUAGCGGAUUUUUUUAUGAAACUAAUAAGUCCUCCAUUUCCACUACUUUUCCAAAUUCUCUCGAAGUGCGAUCAAUAGAUUUGUUAUUGGUACUUCCUAUUGAUUCUCAAAAUAAUUCUGCACGCCACUAACUUCGUUCUAGUUCUCUAUUUUUGAAAUAUCCGUUUGUUUGCGUAGUAUGUCGCCAGACACGCGAAACAUAAGCUUUGGCAUUUGUCACAUUUGUGGUGUCGCUUCAAGAGAUAAUUUUAUUGCAACAUAAAAAGAGUAGAAGUGAAAGGAUGUGAAAAGUGUCAAAGGUCAAAAUCACAGAAACAAAACAUUGAGUUGUUUUUAUAAAUGUGCAAAUGAAAAACUAUGUUAAGCUUUUUGCUAUAUUGCCCUAUCAUAAUUAGAAUUCAGUAACAACUCAAUUUUUAGCAAGAAGAUUUAAGGUUAAGCCAUGACAAUUUAUUCUUCAAAUUUACCUAGAAUUAAUCUCGCACAUCUCAAUUGAGCGUAUUUAUUAUCCAAAUUUGGGGUAUCGUAAUGUUAUUCCAUAUUAUAUGGUGUUAUGUACAUUGUUAAAAAUUCCUUAUCUUCUCAGAAGGUUUGGUGAAUCAUCUGAUUCGGGGACGAAUUAAUUAGUUAGUGAUUUAAAAUAUAUUGUUUAUUAGAAGUCUACCUUCUACAGAUUUGUAUGCUUUCCAUCUAUUAUUUUGUUACAAAUUACAUUUGACAGUAUGUCAUAUUCAUUACAACAUGAACCAAAGUGUACAAAAAUAUUAGUGUAUUUACACAUUUCCUUUUGUGUUCUGAAUUUUUGUGUGGUUUUAAUUUUUUGUUUUAACACCUUGUGAGUUUACAAUAGAAGUAAAACUGCAAUUAUUUGAACAUUCAAGAAUAAUAUUUAGAACUAUUACUAUUUUUGCUAUUAAAUCUACAUUUUCAAUGUGUUCGAGGUAUAUGAAUGUUUUGUUGUAGUUCGAAUAGGAACAUUCAUUGAGAAUACUUUAUGGUUGUUAUAAAUCUAGAAGGAAAAGGUUUGAACAUAUGUUACCCAAAUAAGCUUCAAAUUUUAUAAGUAGAGAUUAAUACAAUUCAUGUAGUUGUUUUACAAAUGUUAAUGUUAAUACAAUUAUAUAUCUAAUAUCUGAGUGCAAUAUUUUGAAUAGAUCAUUUUCACAAACGCAUUGAUUAACAACUUUCAGUAAAGUAUAUUUUAUUAGGUAGAGUACAUGUUAAUCAAUGUAACUAAAGUGAAUUGAAUUAUAAUUUUGUUGUGUAAUUAUGAUUGUUAUCAAUUUAUGAACAGAAAACAAAUAAAUUUUCUUC